AUGUACUCUGACCAGACUCUAUUACCUCCUCCUCCGUUGCCAAGUUCACCAUCACGCUUCAACUUGCCUCCCAUUGUCUCUUCUGCUGCAUUCUCAACUGCAACAUUACCUCGGCUUGCUUACACUACUGGUCCAAACCCACACAACGUCCCACACGACGAUAAAGCUGAACGAUGGCAAUUACCACCAUUACCUUCACUCACACCCUUCCAUAACUCGUCUGGAGCUUCUUCGUCACCUGGCAACCAUAAUGUUCCUCCUACUCGACUACCAGAGCAGCAGCAGCAGCAACACCACCACCACCAACCCAGGCAACGUCUACAGCCACCUCCACCACCAUCACCACCACAACUACCAGCACAAUCCCCUUUCACAUCCUCUUCCUCUUCUUCAAUAUGGCGCAUCAAUCCUGUUUCAGAUUAUGAGAUCCAUCAUCAUCAUCAUCAUUCUGGUGCUGGUGCGGGUGCUAUUCUUCCAGUAUCAUCAGAUUUACCACCGACCACAGUGUCUCCGAAACAUUAUCAAGCAGCAGCAGUUCCUGAAAGUCCACAGUAUUAUGCGCCUUCCUUUGGGAGGAAACAAGCACCAUUGGAUUAUGCCAAUAAGGCUGACUUGGUGGCCGAAUACAAUGAACGCACACUGGAGAUUGAUCGGGAAUUCCAAGAGAAUAAGGAAACGAUCUACUUGGAAAAGCUAAAAAAGCUUCAAGAAGAGUUGUCAGCAAUUCAACAUGGCGGCCAUGAAGUAUUCGAUGAUCAUGUGGCUGACUUGGAAAAGGAUCAUACCAAGGAGAUCCAUAAUGGACAAUUGAUGAUGCAAUAUCGGAUACAAUGCGCCGAAAAGUGGUAUAAUGAAGCAUUACGCGUUGUGGAAGAAGAAUCAGAGGCUGAAAAACGCGAAUUGAAAAAGGCCAUGCUUGCCAUUAUUGAGGAAAAACGAAAGCGUAUCAGAGAAUAUAGAGAUGAAGAGAUCAUGUUAAAUGGCGAUGCCCCCGUCAAUGUACCUCAAACUCGUAACAGACGACGUACACGUGGAGCAGCAGCAGCAGCAGUGGCAAACGGUCUUGCAACAGCCGAAUUGACUCUGGAACAAGUUCUACGUAACAAAAACAACAACAGGGCAUCCAAACGACGACAUAAUGAUCAUAUCCUUUUUCACCAUGUUGAUUUAUUUAAUGAAGCCGAUUUGGAAGCUGAUUUUGAUGCAAUGCAUCAGGAUAUGGUAUCAUCGGAUGAAUACAUGGUGGAUGGUACAUCGGAUAGUGCAUCUCAUAAGCGCGCCAAAGGAAACCAAUAUCAUCACGGCAGCACUUUCCAUGGGCGUUCAUCCAGGCGAUGA